CACACCCAGACCGUCACAGUAAACUUAGCUUGGUGUUCUACAAACAGCUGUAGGGCUCUGCCGGGUUUCCUGGUUCUCUGACACACUAAACCACACUGGGAUAUUUUGCCAGACAAAAAUAAAGGACAUGGAGAUUUUCCAGAAGGCCAUGGAAACUAUGUCCCCCGCCGAUGAUGAGAUGUGGUGGGGCACACUGGGCACCGUUCGGCCUUUCCCCAACUUUAACUCUGAGAGGGAUGCCCGUGAAGUCCAGGUAGCGCUGGAGAAGAAAGAUAUGAACACCCUGGUGAGGGUCCUGACCAACCGCACCAACGCACAGAGACAGCUCGUUGCUCAGGCCUACCGCAGCCUCGCAGGGAAGGAGCUAAGUGCCAUGCUGAAGAAGUGCCUGACAGGUGGACUGCAGGACUUGCUGCUGGGCCUCAUGAUGACCCCAUCCCAGUUCGAUGCUCACCGCCUCCGGCAAGCCAUGGAGGGCCUGGGUACAGAUGAGGAGACUCUGUUGGAGGUGCUGUGUACGAGAUCCAGAGAGCAGCUCAAGGAGAUCAUUGUUGUUUACAACCAGGAGUUUGGACGGUACUUGGAGAAUGACUUGAUUAGUGAAACGAGCAAGGACUUCACCAAGCUGCUGCUGGCCAUUCUGACGAAAGAGCAAGAAAAUUUGCCUGGAGUGAUUGAUUAUGAGCUCAUUGACCGAGAUGUGAAGACUUUGGCUGAAGCUGUAAAUGGGAAAAAGGUGGAUUCGGCUCCCUGGAUAAAGGUACUCACCACGCGCGAUGCAGACCAUCUCGACAGAGUGCUGUUGAGAUUGGAGAGCGUGAAGGGAGAGACAGUGGAUAAAAUGAUACACAAUCACUUCUCUGGGGACUUGAGGCUGGGGUUGCGCACCCUAGUGCAUUCCAUCCAGAAUACCCCUCUAUACCUCGCUCACCGUCUGCACAACUCCAUCAAGAAGGGUGCUGCGGUUCGGGGCAUCCUGGUCUCCCGCAGUGAGGAGGAUCUGCUCAGUGUGAGAGUGGAGUAUCGCCGGCUGGCUCAGGUCUCGCUCUACUCAGCCCUGCAGAAGGAAUUUAAAGGAGACCUUCAACAAGCUUACCUGGCCUUGUGUCAGGCUGAAGAUGUGUAGCGACCGACAAGGACACAACUGUUUGUUCACAGCAUUUUUACGUUUCGAAACAAGUACAAUUUAGUUCCUCGCGCCUCCGAAUAAAGCUUUCCAAAAAACAACGUACAGUCUUCGACUGCAAGCAUUAAGGCCUUAUCACAUAAUGUUGCAUUUUCUUAAAAAUUUCCAUUUGUUAAUUAUUUGAAUAAAAUUUUGUUCUUUCAUUUACAAGGUUAAAUUUAUGCCACAGAUGAAAAAGAUGGCCUUAGCUGUUCAAAUUUUUCUGUUAGGUGACAAUAAACACAUAAAAAACAUAAAGCUGACUUUAGAAAUUAGUGAACAAAUUGUUGGGCCAAAGCUUUUGAAGUCUCCCUUAGGCAAGUUUUUACUAUCAUUGUACAAAUAUCAAAAUUAAAGUUCACUAAAAUUUGAAUGUCACUGAAAAUGCUGCUGUGAACCAUGAAGGAUAGAUAUAUUUAAAUAUAAUACCCAUAAUACCCACUCUCUGUCCAGUUCUGAAGGGUCCUAGACAAGCAACUGGACAAAAUCUUCAGUCAUUCUUUUUUCCUGCUCUUUCUAAUCCCCCGGACAAUGUCAGCCAAGAGACAAGUAUUAAUAUCCCAGGACAGGGGCAUGGCUGACAUUUCUACCACUCGGCCAUCUGAGCAACUUUGUAAGGCAGUGGGAAUAGAAUUACCUCUUAUUGUGUGCGCGGACUGCUGGGAAUCCAAGAGGACAGGGUUCUAUAAAGGGAACUUGUACAUGCAGAUGGACCGAUCGUUUUACAUCAUUCAGCAAACUUGUGGGGCGAAGAGGUGCAGUAACUUUCAGUGUCCAUAGGGGGCAGUGUAGUUAUUGUUCAUUGCACCAUGCAGUACUUCAGUUUUCUCUUUUCACUCGCUUAUUAAUCACAAUAAGGUUUCUUAUGAAGUUAUUUAAAUGUAAUUCCUUACUUAUUAAAUGCUAUUUUGGGAAAAUAUAUUCAUGCAGCUCCCAAAUGAAAUAAACUUUCUCUAUAUGGCCUCAUUUCUUUUUA